CUAACCCUCGACGCUUCUCUUCUUAUCUAGGGUUUUCACAACUCUCUCUCUCUCUCUCUCUCUCUUGAUUCAAGGUGAGCUUCGACCAUCACUCGAACAACCAUGGCCGAUGAGGUACAGUAUUCAUCUAGUACAGACUCAACCCCCAAAAAGCGCAAGUACGAUGACCAGACGACUCCGCCGUCCUCCGGCGGCGCACGGCGGACCACCGGUUUCUCAGCUCCGAUCGCGUCUCAGUCGCCGGAUUCAGGAAACGCGCCUCCUUCGUACAACAGCGUUCCUCCACCUGUUGAUGACAUCCAGCUAGCGAAGCAGCGCGCGCAGGAGAUUGCUGCGCGUCUCUUCAACAACGCUGAAGCGAAGCGACCUAGGGUUGAGAAUGGUUCGGGAUUUGAUUCCAGCGAUAUUAAGGGUUUCAGCUAUGGUUCUACUGAUGCUGUGCAGAAGCCUAUGAUUUCGAAUGUAACUCACGCAUCGAUUCCAGUUUCAUACGGGUACCCGGGAACAAGCAAAAAGGUUGAUAUUCCGAAUGGCAGGGUUGGUGUGAUUAUUGGGAAAGGUGGAGAAACCAUAAAGUAUCUUCAGCUUCAAUCUGGAGCUAAGAUUCAAGUCACAAGGGACAUGGAUGCAGACCCAAAUUCCCUAACUCGGAUGGUUGAACUUAUGGGUACUCCAGAUCAAAUAGCGAAGGCUGAGCAAUUGAUACAUGAUGUUCUUUCUGAGGCUGAAGCAGGGGGUUCUGGAUUAGCUUCUCGGAGGGUUACUGGACAACUACCUGGUGCUGAGCAAUUUGUAAUGAAAAUCCCAAACAACAAGGUUGGUCUGGUAAUUGGUAAAGGAGGUGAGACCAUUAAAAAUAUGCAAGCCAGGUCAGGUGCUCGUAUUCAGGUGAUUCCUCUGCACCUUCCCCCAGGUGACACUUCAGCAGAGCGAACAUUACAGAUAGAUGGGACCAGUGAACAGAUUGAGGCUGCAAAACAGUUGGUGGCCGAAGUUACCAGUGAGAAUCGACUUAGAAAUCCAUCAAUGACUGGAGGAUAUUCUCAGCAAGGUUACCAAGCACGUCCACCGACUAGCUGGGCUCCUCCUGGUCCUCCAAUGCAGCAACAACCUGGUUAUGGUUACAUGCAGCCUGGAGCAUAUCCUAGCCCGACCCCACAAUACAACAUGUCUCAGCCACAAUACCCUGGUUAUCCUUCUCAAGCAGCAUCGGGUGGUUAUGCUACUGGUUGGGACCAGACAACUGGUGCACCUAAUCAGCAGACGGCUCAGGGAGGCACUUACGAUUACUAUAGCCAGCAGACUCAGCAGCAGCAAGCCCCUGGUGGGAGCGCAGCACCUACAGAUAAUACCAGUUAUGGUUAUGGCCAGCCACCAGCUUCCGGCUAUAGUCAACAAGGUUAUACUCAGGAUGGCUACGGUGGAUAUGCACCCGCUCCACAAACUGGGUAUGGUCAGCCCCAGUCAACUCCUGUUCAGGGGUAUGAUCAACAGCAAGGUUAUACUUCGACUCCUGGUUAUGGUAAUGUGACCAACCCAACCUCAGAGGGGCAAACACCUUCUUAUGGAGGAGCUCAGGCUGAUACCACCCAAGCCCCUCCACCUGUCCAGUCACAGCAAGGGUACAACACGACUCAGCCGCCCAACACUAACCCUGCUAGUUAUCCAACUCAAGGAUCUACCCAGCCAGGUUAUGGAGUCCCCACUUCCCAGUCUGGUUAUGGGACUCAACCAGCUUCUGGAUAUGGGCCCAACUAUGGUCCACCUCAGGCUCAAAAACCUCCCGCUGGUCAGGCAGCUUAUGGGCAGCAGCCCCAACAGUCACCCGGUGCCCAAGGUGGCUAUGUUCAGUCUGGAUAUCCUCAGUCUCAGCCCCCACCAGCCGCUCAAGCAGGUGGUUAUGCUCAGCCAGAUUCUGGUGCCCAGCGGGCUCCGCCCUCUGGUUAUGGCGCUUCAGCAGCUCAACCAGGGUAUGGCGCCCCACCUUAUGGUGCACCUCCAGUGACUCAACCAGGGUAUGGGCAGCAGCAGCUGCCAUACAACAGCUCUUACGGUGGUGGUUAUUCUCAGCCACCGGCUUAUUCUGCUGAUGGAGCACCAACUUCUCAGGCUGUUCAGCCUGGUGGGGUUGCCAAAGCUUCACCCAAAAGUUGAGAUGUGUGGUGAGUGGAUGGAUUGUGGUUAAAACAACAUAUGCUCUCAUUUUGGUGCUUAAUUGGGGUUUGUGUAAUAGGAUUUUACUUAGUUUCAGUCAGGUUUUGUAGUUGUAUUAGACCUAAAUACAAUUUGAGGAUGAAUUUGAGUUGUCUGUUAUGGAUGGUUAAUUGUUGGUCUGGUUUGGACAAAUGCUUUUAGGUGUUUUGUAUUUAUGUUAUCUUUCUGCCUUGCUGCGCUGUUUAGAUUG